AAAUGGAGAGACUUUCUAAUUCUCUUUUAGUCCUAGCAAUCUUUUUCAUUGUGUUCCAGAGUGCGACAACUAUAACACAAGGUGCAAGAGAACUUGUGGAAAAGAAAGGGGUCCAUGCUGAUCAGCAGCCCUGCAUUGUAGUGCCUGUUAAAGACCAAAAAGGUAUUGUUGUUGGAUCAGGGAAAUGUGGUGGUUCAGGAGGUGGAGGGGACAGUGGAGAUGGAAAAGAUCACGGUGGUCAAGGUGGAGAUCAGAGUGGACAUCAAGGCGGAGCAGAUCAAGGAGGAGAUGGAAAAGACCACGGUGGUCAAGGCGGAGAUGAGGGCGGAGCAGAUCAAGGGGGAGAUGGAAAAGACCAUGGUGGUCAAGGGGGAGAUGAGGGCGGAGCAGAUCAAGGAGGAGAUGGAAAAGACCAUGGUGGUCAAGGUGGAGAUGAGGGCGGAGAUCAGGGGGGAGAUGGAAAAGACCACGGUGGUCAAGGUGGAGAUGAGGGCAGAGAUGGAAAAGACCAUGGUGGUGAAGAUGAGGGUGGGCAUGAAGGAGGAGGCGAUGGCGGAGUUGAUGGUGGUCCUGGAAAAGACCACGGUGGCGAAUAUGGUGGUCCCGGAAAAGAUCACGGUGGUGAAUAUGGUGGAGGUCAAGGUGGAGGUUAUGGAGGAGGUCAAGGUGGAGGUUACGGAGGAGGUUACGGAGGAGGUUACGGAGGAGGUUAUGGAGGAGGUUAUGGCGAGGGUGAUGGAUAUGAUGGGUAUGGCAGUCCCGGAAAAGAUAAAGGAUACGGUGGAGGCUAUGGUGGGGGACCAUACACAUAUCCAUACACUGGCGGCUACUGGCCAGGCGGCGGCUAUUGGCCUGGUGGCGGGUGGCCAGGAAUUUUUGGACGGAGGGGGUGGCCAUAUUGGAACAUUGGCGGUGGUUAUGGCAAGAAGAAUGGGAAACCAGGCAAUUAGUUAUUUGAGCUUCAUUGUUUUUAUAUUAUAUCUAUCUAUGAAAUAAAAUUUAUAAUUCUAAACUGAUC